AUGAAGCAUUCGACGCCUGCGUCGCGUGCCGGAGAGUCGGCAGCCAAAAAGGCCAGCAACCUGACGAGCAACGCGAAGUAUCGGAAGAGGAACUCGUCUACGCCUUUGAAUGUCGAACCCGAUCAUUCCAAAAGUGGUCCUGCGCAAGGAGAGUACGAUCCACGCGAUCUGAGCUCUCCAAAGGUGGCAACCACACAGUCCCGGCCUCUCAACACCACCAGUCGAGACCACGCCCAGACCCCGCGCACCUUUUCCGCCACAACCAGAGACAAUGUUCGAAAGCUUCAAAGCUUACAUAUACGCUCUAUCUCCAUUGCAAGCUGUGAAAGCUUCGAAUCUGCAUUCUCAGGUCCCCACGACCGAUGCUACGAACUCUAUUCCACGAAUAGCCACGUUCAGCCUUUGACUGCAGAAAAUAAUCAUGAUACCGCUGCCGAGAAGCUUCGAUUUGAGGCUGAUCAGCUUAUAAAAGAAAAGGGGGAGCUUGAAAAGAAGGCAGAGGCUCUUGAAAACCGAGUUGAUGCAGUCGAACAAGACCGCAAAGCGGCCGCGGAAAGACAUCAGCUACACAUCGAUGAGCUGUCAGCAGAAAAGAGGGAUCUAGAGCUGAAAUUUUGUGAUCUCCAAGCUCAAAUUUCGUUGGCCAAGAUGUCAUCGGCUCAUGCGGAAACACUAGCAGAGAUAAAUGCUGCGCUGCAGCUGCUAUCCAAACGCGCAGCUGACCUGGACAAGUUUGCUGAACUCAAGAUUGGGUUCGAGCGAGAUCAAGAAUUACGCCAGCAAAAGGUGCAGGCUGUGGAAGAAAGGGCAGAGCAAUUGACCAAGGCUAACGCCAUAUACGCGGAGCAGGUGGCAAAACUUGAGCAGACAAUCGAGCGCCAAGCUCCCCUGGUUGAGAUUGGUGUUUCUGGGAGAAGGGUGUACUGGGAGCAAGCCAAAGAGCGCCGCGGAUACGAUGGCCGCUGGUAUCAAUACCGCGGCGCAGGAGUCUCCGAGAAGGGGAUAUUCUCUACCUUCAAAGGAAAGAUCUCGCGACCAGACGUUGCCGCAGAUACAUCUUUGUUCUUGCUAGGAAUCCUCCAUGACCCGGCCGACGAGGAAAUGUACCGGGAGAUCUACCAGGUAUCGGCAGCACAUAUAGAUAUCCAGCAGCAGCAGCUACUGCUGCUUGCAACCAACCCAGAGACACUCACCGAAAUCUUGACGAUGAAUGCGACGUUGCGGGACUUCGGGCGAUAUCGAGCUGAUGGAUCGACGCGAGAUUUUCACGACUCUGAUCAGUUCAAGCAAUUAGAACGUGAAUGCAAGGCUGCCUACGCUGUGAGACUCGCGCGGGCGAACCUCGCGGAAGGCGAUAUUGCGCAGUCUGAUAUUGUAAGGUUGAAGGCGAUCCAAGAGGCUUUCGACAAUGACCCUGAGACGGAAGAGACGAUGAACGCUCUGAGAGAGAUAUUCGAGCGGGCCCUGAAGUCUUUCGUGCGCGCUUCUGGAAGGCAGACUCGACGCGGACGCGCUGAUUCUUGA